UUCAGAUUUUUAGCACAACAUUUGGCAAAACCGCUGGAAGAGAAGGGGAAAAAGGAAUUAAUCAAUAAGCAGAAGCAGGGUUUUGUACCGAGUUGACAACAAAGAGUGAAGAAGAAGAAGAAAAUCAGAUGGGUAAAGGUAAUCCACAGAAAUCAGGCCCCGGCGGCGACCUUCAUACAGCUGCAAGGUCCGGUGAUCUCAUAGCCGUUCAGUCAAUUUUGUUUUCAAAUCCUUUGUCUGUUAAUUCCAGAGAUAAGCAUUCCAGAACACCACUACAUUUAGCAGCAUUUUCUGGGCAAACAGAGGUAGUCAGUUACCUCUGCAAGAACAAGGCUGAUGUUGGUGCUUCUGCUAUCGAUGACAUGGCUGCGAUACACUUUGCGGCACAGAAGGGACAUUUAGAAGUUGUUAGGGCUCUGGUUUCAGCUGGUGCCUCUUUCAAAUCCUCUACUCGUAAAGGAGUGACUCCAUUACACUUUGCUGCUCAAGGUUCCCAUUUGGAACUUGUCAAGUACUUGGCCAAGAAAGGGGCAAGUCUCACUAUCAAGACAAAGGCGGGAAAGACCCCUUUGGAUCUUGCUACCAAUGAUGAAGUCCGCACUUUUCUGGAGGGAUUUAAAAAAUCAGAUAAGAAUGAAGAGUCGAGAAUCGACGAUAAAGCCGAAGGAUCUGAUCCAAAAGAAAAUGAAGAAUCUGAUCCAAAGGCAUCAUCCUCUUUGGGAUCUGAUGGUAAUUUGAGUAGUGAGCCUCCUGCAGCUGCUGUUGAUGAAGAAAAAAGUGAGAGAGAGAAGAGGAAGAGUACUGAAGAUGAUGCAAGAGAAGACUCAUCACAACGGAAAAAGGCGAAAGUUAAGUUAAGCCAUCUCCAAAGUUCAGAUGAUGCCCAAGAAGAAGAAAACCUGUAGGCUGGUAGAGGCAUAGUAGAAUUGAAAUUUGGUUAUCAUAGUCUGUAAUAGUAUUUGAUUUAUAAUCACUCUGUUGGUUUGGGAUAUUGACCAUCUAUUGACUGUUUAAUGACCCUCUUUCUUUCUGAAUCAACUCAAUUUCAUCAUCUUGACAAUAUAUCAGUUUUGUUGAGUUUCUUUUAAGCAGAAACCUGAGUGUGUGUUUUGCUCUCGAA